CACUGACUAGUGUUUCAGCCUAGAGACAAUCGAGCAUGGCUCCGACUGGGAGGAGGAGACAGCCGGGAUUAUCGGUUAGGUUGUCGGACUUCAAAAGACCGCUUUCAGUACCUGUGAUUUUGAUAUGGCUAUCUGUGUUCCUUAUCCAAUGUUGCUUUGCUCAAAUUCUCCGCUACAACGGUGGGGUGCAGGUACCCUUUGGCAGGUCCGUGUACAUCAGCCCAGAAAAAGACUUAACAAUUGACGUUCAGCCUGGUGAUCGAUGCUCUGUAUUAGUAUUGGACAGCGAUGCACUGUCCCAGAGGCCAGGGAAAUUGAUGCCACCGGUAUUCCCGUGUCAGUUUGGCAACCGGGAAGUACAAUAUACCCACUUUGGAUUACGAAGUCCGUCUGAGGACAGAGUUCGACUCCAGAUCAGAUAUGACAGCCCCACAGAGACUAUCAUCAUUCCGUUCACGCUGGACAUUGACGUGACGUUCGUGCAACUGGAAAUCGUCACCCGUAACGUCCCCAUCACUGUGGACAAGCUUCUGGGUGUGAGUACACCCAUAGAUGAGAGUACGCUGGAGCUUACCUUUGACCGCGACGAGGAAGUAUGCAAGCUGUCCAUUUUGAAUGCAGCUAGUGGAUUACCGAGGUACGGAGAAAUCAUGAAUGACACCUCCACGCUGUCCAUGAUCGACUGCGACGUCUUUCUGACGCAAGGCAUCCGCUAUCGACACACGGCCACGACGAAUUCCCCGAACAAAGAUUAUAUCCCGAUGGUUGUCGAAGUAAUGGAGCGUGACGGGACAAUGACCAAACAGGAAUACUUCCAGGUAAUGGUCCGCAUCACUGGCGGAUCAGAGAACACAAGGCCUUACCCUACCUUCAACUCUUUGCUGGUCAUGGAAGUGGACCAGUUCGUCAUGACAGCCAUCACUCCGGAAAUACUGUGGGCUGAGGAUGUGGAAACGUCUGACGACGACCUCGUGUUUAACAUCACCCAAAUACUUGGCGUCGGUGAAGGUGUCAUUGUCAGCACGGAUGACCACAACCAGCCCGUGUCGUCCUUCUAUCAGCGUGAUGUGCGUGACUUGAAAAUCGCUUACAAGCCACCCAGCAGUGAUUCGAAUACUCAGAGAAUUUUCCAAAUCGAGAUGGAGGUUGUAGAUAGCGAGGGAUUAACAUCAGACCCCUUUACUCUGAUGAUUGUUGUGAACCCAAUGAAUACCUUGGCGCCAGUGGUCACCAGGAAUACAGGUAUUCAGUUAUUUGAAGGCGAAGCGAGACCCUUGGUCAGCUCACAGAACUUGGAAAUUUCUGACGAAGAUAACCUGGAAGACGUAAGAAUCACAGUUAUUGAUGGUUUACGUCACGGAAAAUUGUUAACCACUGGCGUACCAAGAAAAGUGUUCACCCCAGCCGAUUUAGAUGCGGGGCUGGUUGUAUAUCAACACGAUGAUAGUGAUACAUUCAGCGAUAACAUCAUCUUUAGGAUGACGGAUGGUCGAAACGACGUGGAGUUUUUGUUUCCUGUCACCACCUUCCCGCAAGAUGACGAGCCACCUGUCAUCAGUGCAAACACGGGCUUAGAUAUCAGACAUGGCCAACUGGCGGAGAUUUCUCCGUUUGUAUUAAGCGCCACUGAUAUUGAUAGUGACGAUUCUACCGUUAAAUUCUUACUCGAUUCACCCCAUUCAACGGAAGGAGAAUUCGUAAAGAGACAGUUUGAAGUGCCCAAGAGUCAACAGCCAUGGGAGUAUAACAAUGGCGUCUAUGAAAAAGUUGUGAAAGAAUUCACCCAAGAGGAUAUUUUGGAAGGUAAGGUAUUCUACCGACAUGUUGGUCCCCAUAACUCCGAUUUUGUGGUGGAUCGUAUAAAACUGAAAGCUGUUGACGGCAAUGAUCCACCCAACGAGUCCCCUGCUCAGGAAUUUAUAGUCAAGAUAGCCCCUGUGGAUGACCAACCACCAUACCUUCACCCAAACAGCCCUAUGGAGAUGAAAGUACAAGAGUUUCAGCUGACACCCUUUAAGAGAAAAUACUUUCGAUAUUCUGACGACGGCACUGAUAGUCGAAAACUCCAGUACACAGUUGAAGCACCGCCUUUUGAUACUGACUUGAACACCUUGUUACCUGCAGGACAAAUCGUUCUGUGUGACAGUCCACAGAACGAGGUAUCCUUCUUUUCCCAAGCUCAAGUUAAUCAUCACAAAAUUUGUUACCAGCCCCCUAGCAAAGAGCUGGGCAUAACCCCUAGGGUUAUUCAGUUUGUGUUCUCCGUCCAGGACGUAGCGGGGAAUGCAUUGUCAAAUCAAUUAUUCACCGUUCAUCUCCAGCCUGUAGACAACAAACCUCCAGCAGUGACGAACAAAGGACUGACAGUGUUUGAGAAUGGUUACAAAGUGAUUUCACCAGAAAUGAUGGAUGCCCAAGACCCAGACACCGACUAUGAACAGCUCCAGUUUGUGCUUACAGAAGAACCAGAGUAUGGAGAAUUGCAACGAGAUGGACAGCCACUUAAAACAGGGGAGUCGUUUUUUAGGACUGAUAUCAGUGAUGGCCUACUGGCUUAUGUCAACACAGGAGAGGAAAUGGACCAUGACAAAUUUAGUGUUGAUUUAUCCGAUGGUGUUCACCAUGUGCCCUUUACCUUCAAGAUUAAAGUGAGGUCUAUUGACGACGAAGCGCCGGUCCUACUGAACACAGCGCCAGGUGAGUUAGGUGGCUCGCUGGAAGUUGCGGAAGGACAAGCCACAACGAUUUCCACAAACAACUUACAGGCUUCCGAUCCGGAUACAGAGGAGCUGAUAUUGACGUUCAUCGUGGACAAACCGCCAAAUGAAGGAAUCCUGCUCAGGAAUGGCCACCCUUCGGACCGUUUCACCCAAAGCGAUAUUAUCGAUGGCUUGGUGCAAUACCAGCACACAGGGGGUGAAAUUGGAACCCAGGCAAAAACGGAUUCUUUCGUUCUAAUGCUGUCGGAUAUGUCAGACGACUGGGUAGUUGGAGGAAACAAAGUAAAGAAUGUAGAGAUGUUUGUUGACAUUAUGCCCGUCGAUAGUGUUCCGCCAACUGUUGACGUCGUUGGGAAGCUCUCUGUCUUUGAAAGUGAAAAGGCCCCAUUGUUACCACGGUAUCUCUUGAUGGAGGAUCCCGAUUCCGAUAUGGACGAUUUAAUGUGUACCAUUAUUGUGCAACCAACCAAAGGUUAUCUCGAAAACAAAUCCCCAGCUCCGGGUUCGGAGAAAUCCAGAGCUGGUAUGCCAAUUACUUCCUUCAUGAUGAAAGAUGUUAUUCAAAAUGACAUCAGUUACGUUCAGAGUGUACACAAGGGUACUGAGCCCAGAGAUGAUCGCUUCACAUUUAAGUGUUCUGAUGGCUCGAAUCUAUCCCCUAACAAAUUCUUUCCUAUUAAAAUCCGACCACUAAACGAUGAAGCACCAGAGGUGUUCAUGAGGGAGUUUGUUGUCAUGGAAGGUAUGAACUUAAUAAUAGAUCUGCCAAUCCUGAAUGCCGUAGACAAGGACGAACCCAAAGACAUUCUCACUUUUGUCAUUGACAAACCCCCAAGACACGGUAAACUAGUACAGCACACCAACGGGAAUAUAUCCAUCAGCAACUUCACGCUGGACAAUAUCGAAGAUGGCUCCACCAUUGUGUAUGAGCACGAUGAUUCCGAAUCUAAGGAGGACUCGUUCAACUUCACUCUCACUGACGGAAAACACAACAUCAGCAACGGCAUCUCCAUCAUGAUUUUACCUGUGAAUGACGAAACUCCUAGACUCACCAUAAACAACGGACUGGAAAUAGAGGACAUAGGUCAGACGGAAUACAUCACCAAUAAGGAUCUUAAAGCUACGGAUUUAGAUUCACCUGAUUCGUCCAUAUCAUUUUCCGUCCGUCGCUCACCUAGUCAUGGUUGGUUGCAAAUUGUUCUGGAGGGAAUUCCACGUAAUCUUACCAAAGGAUCAAACUUUACACAAAAUGACAUUGAUGAGGGUCGAGUCAGGUAUGUGCACACCGGGCUACAAGGGGUCAGGGAUUUGAUCAAAUUUGACGUCACUGAUGGACUAAAUCCCCUAAUCGAUCGUUACUUUUACGUCACCGUUGCGGGUAUAGACAUGGUUUACCCAGACGUCGUCAACAAGGGCGUGGAGCUUCCAGAAGGAGGCCAGGUAACUUUGACCACCGCCAUUUUGAGCGGUACAGACUUGAACAGUCCCGACAAAGGUCUGAUUUUCUCCGUAACACGUGCACCGUCACGAGGUCACCUGGAGGCGACAGACAUGCCUGGAAUACCAGUGACAAGCUUCAGUCAAUUACAACUGGCGGGAAACAAGAUUCGUUACGUGCACACCAGUGACGACGAAAUGAAAAUGGACAGUUUUGAGUUUGAAGUUACAGACGGCUACAAUCCAGUUUUUAGAACUUUCCGUAUAUCAUUGAGCGACGUGGACAACAAAAAGCCGGUGUUAUUCUUCGAAACUUUGCGUGUCAAAGAAGGUGGAAACAAACUCAUUACGCCAUUCGAACUUAAAGCCGACGACAAAGACACUCCCGAUGAAAGAAUUUUAUUCACGAUCACUCAAGUCCCAGUCCAUGGCAAUAUUCUCCACAACUUUACCAAAAUCGUUUCCACGUUCACUCUCGCGGACUUGAGCGAGAAUCUCAUCAGUUACCAACAUGAUGGCACCGAAACAUUGAGCGACAGUUUUUCGUUCACAGUAACGGACGGCACUCAUUCGGACUUUUACGUAUUUCCUCAGAUGAAUUAUCUCACACGGAGACCUCAGAUAAUGGACAUUGAAAUAAUCCCCGUGGACAAUGGCAUCCCCAUGAUCUCGGUGAACAAGGGUUCGUCUUCCUUAAGCCCACUUCCGGGCGGAGAUUUGGGAUUCCGGAUCACUAACAAAGUCUUACGGACUGAGGAUCGCGACAGCCCUGUGGAUGAACUUCUCUACUCAAUCAUAUCGGAACCCAAGUUCGGUUACAUAAAGAACAUCAACAUGGGCGACUUCAGCAUACAUAAUUGGACACAAGCUGAUAUUGACAGAAUGCAGAUCUACUACAUUCUGAAGCCAGAUGUCAAUGUUACCAGUGACAGUUUCUUCUUCAAGAUAACAGACAAAGGUGGCAAUGAACUGAACAAUCAGCCUUUCCACUUGAACUGGGCUUGGAUUUCAUUGGACGAUGAAAGUUUUAUGACCAAUGAGACGGCAGAUAAACUGGAGGUGACCUUACACAGAAGAGGUUAUCUUGGAGAGACUUGUUUUGUCACUGUGAUUGUUGAAAACGACACUGCCAGAGUUGGAGAAGAUGUUAGUUCCCGCUAUGCUCACCAGGUACAAUUCAACCCAGGUCAGACAGAGAAGACCUGGUACAUGUACCUCCAGGAUGACAGCAAGUUUGAGGGUCUCGAGAGUGUUAAGGUGAGGCUGGCUGACCCUGUCCUGGCGGCCUUAGAGUCGCCAUCUGUUGCCAAGGUCAACCUCAUCGAUUCUGAAGAUGAGUCCACCGUCAAUUUGGGGGAGGCUGAGUAUGAGGUGGAGGAGAGCGUGGGAGAGGUACUGGUCCCCAUCACCAGGACAGGCGAUGUGUCCGGGGAACUCAUGGUCAUAUGUUCAACUCUGGAGGGGUCAGCAUCUGGAACAGUCCCAGGUACUGUGACGUCUUUCUCUGACUACAUCACACGCCCUGAAGACUUCAGAAACAUCAUCCGCUUUGACAAGAACGAGACAGAGAAGGUGUGUAAGGUGACCAUCAUUGAUGACUCGCUGCUGGAAGAUGAUGAGACAUUCACAGUUGUUCUCACUCAGCCAAUGGGAGGCAAACUAGGAGAAGUGAACGCCACAAAGGUCACCAUCAAGGCCGAUAAGGAUGAUGAACCUGCGUUUUACUUUGGAGAAGCAGACUACCAGGUGGAGGAGAGUGAUGGAUUCCUGGAGGUCAAGGUCUGGAGAACUGGAACUGAUCUCAGUCAUGCCUCCAGUGUCACUGUUAGGUCACGACGAACUGACCCCCAGACAGCUGAAGCCGGCCUUGAUUACAUCGCCGUAAAUAAGGUGUUGAACUUUGCCCCUGGGGUGACAAUGCAGACUCUGCGUAUCAUAAUCCUGGAUGAUUUGGGGAGGCCACGAGUGGAGGGGUCAGAAUCAUUUGAGCUGGUGCUGAGGAUGCCAAUGGAUGCUAUGUUGGGAGAACCCAGCAAAGCCCUUGUGACCAUCAAUGAUACAGAAACGGACAUUCCCAAGAUGUCCUUUGAGAAGGCAGAGUAUGAAGUGUUGGAGAACGACCAGAUUGUAACCACGACCAUCAUCAGGACUGGAGAUUUACGCCAUGAGUCUACAGUCAGGUGUUACACCAGACAAGAUACGGCACGCGUGGCUGAGGAUUUCAAUGAAAGACCCGACACAGAUGAAUCAGUAAUAGUCUUCAGUCCAGGAGUGCGUGAGGAGAUUUGCCGCGUGAGUGUGAUUGACGACGGUCUGUUUGAGAAGCAGGAAGAGUUCAGAUUGGUGCUGGGCACGCCUCUGAGUGAGUCAGCAGGGGGCGCUUUGGUCGGCCUUAACACCACUGUCAUCAAGGUCAAGGACGGAGGAGACAAACCGGUUAUUCGAUUUGAAGAAACCAAGUACAGCAUCAAUGAACCAAUGUUCCCAUCGGAAACCGUGACGCUUAGAAUUCCAGUCAUCCGUAAAGGGGACAUGUCUGGGAACUCCAUCAUCCGUGUUCACACCAAAGAUGGUUCAGCCAGAGCUGGCCAGGAUUAUAAUGGUAUCUCUAAAGAAAUCCAGUUUGCGAAAAACGAGUCUCGGCACAUCAUUGAGAUUGAAGUGUUAUAUGAUGGGAAGAAGGAGAUCCGAGAGUCGUUUACUGUCCAUCUAAAACCAGACCGUAACAUGAUCGCUGAUACCAGGAACAACAACAAGGUGAUUGUAUAUAUUGAGGAGAUGAACAAGCUGGCUGAUGUGGCCUUCCCCAUGAGACCUCUGGUGAUGUCUCUCAAGGACUUUGACCUUGUGGGUGAUGAGGGGCUGCCCGCACCAAUCCAGGGUUAUCCAGUCGUCUGUGUCUCUUCCUGUAAUCCCAAACACCCUGACUUUCCCAAAACUGGGUCACUGUGUGAGAAGGAAGGGAUCAAUGACACAAUGACCCGAUUUCGCUGGAGGACUGCUGCACCGAGCGGUGUGGAUGGUGUGACCAGUGACUUACAGAAUGUUGAAUCGCAGACCUUCUUCACCAACACACAUUCUAUUGCUCUGGACAGCAUAUACUUUGGAGGAGGUAGUCGUGUCCAGUGUGGGGCAAGGGCUGUGAAUAACGAUGGUGACCCCGGUCUGGAGAUCCUCAGUGAUCCAGUCACAAUCAGUGAUACAGAAGGGCUGUGUAUGGCCAGGGUCAUGAACUCUGUGGGAGCAGAGCCAUUCACUGCUAAACUCAAGUACACAGGUCCUGAUGAUCCAGAUCACCCAAACAAAGUCCGCCUCUCUGUCUUGGUUCCUCACCGCGAUGGCAUGCUGCCUGUCAUCUCCACACGUGUCUUGUCAAACUUUGAGCUCGCUCUAAGCCCUGAUGGAUUCAGAAUCGGACAACACAGCUGCUCUAAUUUACUGGAUUAUGAUGAAGUCCCUACAGAGUUUGGUUUCAUCACCAACCAAACCAAGAAGGAAUCUGUGAUUGGAGAGAUGGAACCAUACCAGUACAGCAGGGAGAUGAGGGGUGACCCCACCCUCAGAUUCUACAAGAAUCUGGACCUUGAGGCUUGUAUUUGGACAUUUGAGUCAUACUAUGACAUGUCAGAGCUAGUGCAGAAAUGUGGAGCCACCAUCACAACAGAUGGACAGGUGCGAGACCUUGUCCAGUCCUAUGUGUCGCUGAAUGUACCGCUGUACGUGUCUUACAUCCUUCACUCGCCCGUGGCGACUGGCGGCUGGCAGAACUCUGAUCUUCAAUCAGCGCUACAGCUCACCUUUGUCUACGACACUGCCAUCUUGUGGCAGAAUGGGAUUGGCUCACCAGAAUCAGCUGAGCUUCAAGGGUACCUAUAUCCAACCAGCAUGAGAGUACAGGAAGAUGGACGUCUGGCGGUGAACUUCAAGACCAAGGCCAGAUUCAGGGGACAUUUCAUCCCAGCACACCCUGACAGUGGCCUGGAGUCAACAGUGAUGUCCUCAAAUAACCCUGAGUUGACCUUUGAUCUCAAAUUGAUGCGCAGUGAGCCGACCUUUGACCAGCCUGUACAACAGUGGGAGUUUGUUUCAGACUAUGCUACAAGGGACUACUCUGGUACAUACACCAUCCAGCUGAUACCCUGUACUUCCACUGACCAGACCUACAGUCAGCCAGACAACUGUAACCCACGAGAUGCUGUGACCUUUGACCUUCCCAUCAGAUUUCAGCAGAUCAGUGACCCAGUCCCCACCGAGUUCAGUCUGAACACUGACUUCCAUCUGCUGCGCCAGAGAGAUUUGUGGUUGUCUGAUGGGUCUGAGGGAUUUGCCUCAGAAACAGAUGCUGCAUUCUUACCAGGGGAUUCUAUAUUUGGACGUAUCAACGUUGACCCUGUUCAGAGCUUGGGAGACGCAUUCAACCUCAACAUAGAGAAGGUUUUCCUGUGUACAGGCAAAGAUGGCUACAUCCCCAAAUAUGAUCCCAAGAACCAGGAGUAUGGCUGUGUGGCGGAAACUCCUAACUUACACCAUACAUUCAAAGUUCUAGACAAAGGCUCCCCCAAUACAAUUGUGAGUGACUUCCGUGAUGUUCCGUUUGAGGCGAGGUUAGCCAUUGAUGACCCAGAGGCUUUACCAUUGGUCAGCCAGCCUGGAGCAGACGGCUUUUCUCUCAGUGCUCAGCCUUUAUUUGGGGUUGACCAAGGUCGACAGUGGUUCCUUCACUGUAUAUACACCAUUCGUUCCAAACAAAAUUCACAACGCGGCAUUGGUAAGCGAAGUGUUGAUGAAGAGUUUCAUAUGAUGAGCAUCUUAGGCCGAAGCAAGCGUUCACUCCAAGACAUAGAAGGCAUCGGAAACAAUCGUGGGACGAAUCUAGCCAGAGUCAAGCUGAAUUACCAACCUUCCAAAAGCAACGAUGGCGGCGAUACAGACAGAGGGAACACAGAAAACAAAGAGGAGAAGCCAGUUUUAACGCCAGUGCUCAUAGCUCUUGUGGUGCUUUUCGCUGUUAUACUUUUCUUGGUAAUGCUUUUAGUUCAGCGCCGUCGAAAGCGAUCAACGCCACCUGCCUCACCAACAAAUACCAUAACAGUCAUUGGUAAAGGCGGGAAAACAAGGGUGAUAUCUUCAGGACAUCCUAACAAUGACCCAGAUAAUACCGAAGUGUGAGUUGGGGAUCACAGAAACAUAUUAUAUACAAAAGAUCAGGAUCCGUCCCUUUAAAGAUGUAGGAUUUUGAAGUGCUACAGUGGGUUAUGGGAUAGCUGCUGGAUGCAACAUUUACAGCGAACAAAUGGGACAGGUUUCAGCUGAGAGAUUGUGGUGAAUGCCAGUUGUACAACAUCUAAUUCAGUGGACAAAGAUGGCAUGAACGAUUUACUCGUGUAACAAAGGUUCACAGCAAGAAAUGCUCAUGAUACAGUAGUCUUACACAAGAACUAACCAUGAGACAAAAAGAACUUACCAAAGUUACUUACCAAAGCAAGCUUUUUCUCGUGUAUCUUUCAUGACGUACUUCACUCUCAGUGUGCUAUGAAGGAUUGCUAUAUAUCUUACAGUGUAAAUUGGUGUGAAUACUUCUGGCAAGAACACUUCUGGGUGUUAUUUUUGUGGAGUGAAAACUAUACAUGUUCUGGCCAUGCUUACAGGUAGCUACUACAGUUGUUGCUGUGCCGGUGACAUUACCUUUAAAUACCGUGACUUGUAUACAGUACAAAACAAGUUAAAACACUUAUAAGCCACUGUUGACUGCCAUUAGUCCUUAGGCCUAGUCACCUUCAGCAGAUAAAGACUUAUGAAUUGAUGGUUGAACAGGUUAGAUGCCUAUUAAAGGGUGAUCUA